AUGAUUGACUAUUUAAAAAAAGAAAACCUAAUUGAGCCGGGAUGUAUAUAUCUUAAAAAAAUUUAAGCUGAUAAGGUAAUAGUUUCAGAAAAGAUUGAGAGAAAAAUAUUUGAGAAUAUUUAAAUGGAGCCUUAAGAAAAAGAGUAACUAAAAAAUUUAAAGUUAGCCUUGAUUAACUUUUCACCAUUGAGAUUACCAAAAGAGUAAUAUUCAUUUAUAUUUGAAUAGAUGGUAAGAUAGUGAUUACUUAAGAAUCUUAGCAUAUUGUGAUUAUGAUAUAACAAACACCAUCCAAGUACUAUAUAUAGAUAUAACCAUUAAGGUCUUAAAGUAACAUCUAAAUUGGAGAAAUAAGAUUAAUUUAUAAAAUCCUCCAAAUUCUGUUUUAGUAUGUUUUUAAUUAGAUUAAUAAGUUAAAUGGGGCACUUUACAUACAUGGACAUGAUAAACGUUUUCGACCAGUAAUUAUAAUUAACACAUAUAAAGCUUUCAAAGUAAAAUAUAUAAAGUAUAUUGUUAUAGUACACUCUAAAAGAAUUUAGAGAGGGUUUUGAUUAUCUAUUCACUAUGCUAAUUAGAGAUGUUUUGAUAUCUUAUUAUAUUGAAUCAACAAUAAUUUUAGUAGAUAUGGGCAAUUUAAAUUAAUUAUAACAUCUAAUUACAAAUGAAUUUAUUAAUUUCGUGAAAAGUAGUGAAUACAAUUAUUAUGGAAGAAUUCAUAAAAUAUAUAUUAUCGAAGAAUUUUUAAAUUAACAAUUCAAUCAAUUACUUUAAAUCUUAAAACCUGAAUCAUAAGAUAAAAUAGUCUUUCUUUUAAAAAAGAAUCUAUCUCAAUUAACUAAUUAAAUUGAAGAAAAUUAAUUAGAAUCUAAAUUUUUAGGUUUUUAACCAGAUAUUCAAACUAAUUUUUGGUAAAUAGAUCAAAAUAUAAUUAGGCCUCCUAAAGAUCUUUCACCAAAUAAAAUAGAAAAAAAGGAUAAAAAAGAAGAAGCAAAGACUAUAAUGACUUACACUGAUGAAAAUAUUUCAAAAUCUUAAAAAUUCUUACAAAGAAGUCGUCCUGAAAGUAGUCUUAAUAGUCAACUUUUUCUUUAAGUUUAUAAUGAAGAAUAAGAAGUUGUUUUAUCAGAGAGCCACCUCAUAGAAUUUGCUGAUUCAAUGAACAACAUAAUAGAAUAUGUAAGAAAUAAAAUAAACUUCAUAGUUUCCUGAUUCUCAAUUUUAAUCAUCCAAUCAAAAUUAUUACAAAGGCUUAGAUUCUACUCCAUUAUAGUCAACAACAAUAAAACCUAGAGAUUUGUAAUAGUAGGAAUCAGAUAUUCGGAAUAGUUCCGAAGUUUAGAUGA